GCUGCUGCUGCUGCUGUUGCUGCUACAGCUUCAUGGUCACCAGGGACAGACCCUGAGACAUUUACUCCCCACCCAGAGCCAGGAUGCUCCUGCUGUGUGCCUCAGCAAUGGUCCAGGACAAGAGCCCAUCAUCAUCAUGACUUUUGACCUCACCAAGAUAAAAAAAACCUCCUCCUCCUUUGAGAUUAGCACCUGGGAUCCUGAGGGAGUGAUAUUUUAUGGUGAUACCAACUCCAAGGAUGACUGGUUUAUGCUGGGACUUCGGGAUGGCAGGCCUGAGAUCCAACUGCACAAUCAGUGGGCCCAGCUUACAGUGGGUGCUGGACCCCGACUGGAUGAUGGAAGGUGGCAUCAGAUGGAAGUGAGGAUCCACGGGGACUCAAUACUGCUGGAGGUGGAUGGGGAGUUGGUGCUCUCCCUGAGACAGGUCUCUGGGUCUUUGAGCAACAAACCACAGUCCAUGAUGAGGAUCGCACUGGGGGGCAUGCUGUUCCCAGUCUCUGACCUCCGGUUGCCGUUGGUCCCUGCCCUGGAUGGCUGCCUGCGCCGGGCUAACUGGCUGGACCCGCAGGCCCAGACCCCAGCCUCUGCUCCCACUAGCUUCAGAAGCUGUGCUGCAGAGUCCCAACCUGGGACAUUCUUCCCUCCAGGAACUCGUGCAGAAUUCAGUCUCAAAGAUAUUCCCCAUCCUCAGGCAGACCCCUGGGCCUUCUCUCUGGACCUGGGUCUCAAGUUGGCAUCAGGUUCAGGCUACCUCCUUGCCCUGGGCACUCCAGAAGACCCUUCUUGGCUCAGUCUCCACCUCCAAGAUCAAAAGGUGGUGCUGUCUUCCCAGUCAGGGGCAGGGUCCCGGCUGGAUCUGCCCUUGGUCUUGGGAUUUCCUCUACAGCUGAAACUAUAUGAAUCCAGAGUGGUCUUGAGCCACGGGCCAAAGAAAGAGAUCCUUACUCUCCUUCCUUUGGAUGAUGGCUCCCUUCUCAACCUCUGGGUCCAGCCUCAGGGGCAACUCUUUCUUGGAACUUUGCCAGGAGAGGCCUCUUCUGCCUCUUUUUGCUUGGAUGGCCUUUGGGCACAAGGCCAGAAGUUGGACAUCGACCAGGCCUUAAACAGAAGCCAAGACAUCUGGACUCACAGCUGUCCUUAUAGCUUAAGUAAUGACACUGACACCACCCAUUAAACCCCUGUCUAAGGAUCCUCCUCAAAUGUACUUACUGUCAUUCAUUCAUUUAUUCAACAAAUCUUUACU